AUGUGCGUGGAUGGGUGCAAGCAUGAAGAAACGAUGGCAAAUGUGCCAUUUCGCAACGCAGUCGGCUGCUUGAUGUACCUUAUGGUGGGUACACGCCCAGACCUUGCAGCUGCAGUGGGAGUGCUUAGCCAGUUCUCGGCAGACCCUUGUCCGACCCAUUGGCAAGCUCUUAAGCGGGUGUUACGUUACAUCCAAGGCACAAAGGAAUAUGUAAUCGAGUAUCAAGCAACAAACAAUGACAAACUGCACGGCUAUUCGGAUGCAGACUGGGCAGGCGAUGUGGAAUCUCGACGCAGCACGAGCGGGUACACGUUCAUAUUGAACAACGGGUGUGUAAGCUGGAGAAGUAAGAAACAGAGCACUGUGGCUCUUUCAUCUACGGAAGCAGAGUACAUGGCGUUGUCGGAAGCUGCACAAGAAGCAAUUUGGCUGAAGGCACUAUAA